UUACCUUUAGACCGUGGGAGACUGGAAGGGCGAGCCAAUAAAGCCCUUUCUCCCUGCCCCUAUCCCCUACUGGGGUUUUUGCUUUGGGUCGUGCUCUCUACUUCAAAAACCAACGCCGGCUGAAAGCAAAGUUGCCACAGAACAAUGGCCGGCCUCGUAGCGCCGCCUCCUCAGCCCGCGGCUACUCCUUCCACUCCGACGAAGAGCGAUGAGAAGGUUGAUUACAUGGAUCUUCCAUGCCCCAUACCGUAUGAAGAAAUCCAUCGCGAAGCUCUCAUGUCUUUAAAGCCAGAACUUUUUGAGGGCAUGCGAUUUGAUUUUACCAAAGGACUCAAUCAAAGAUUCUCUCUUAGCCAUAGUGUGUUCAUGGGACCCACAGAACUUCCCUCUCAAUCUUCGGAGAUUAUUAAAAUUCCUACUGCUCAUUAUGAGUUUGGUGCCAACUUUAUAGAUCCAAAGUUGAUGCUUUUUGGGAGGAUACUGACUGAUGGGAGGCUAAAUGCAAGAGUGAAAUGUGACUUGACAGACAAUCUUACGCUGAAAGCUAAUGCUCAACUUACAAGUGAGCCGCAUAUGUCACAUGGCAUGGUCAAUUUUGAUUACAAGGGUACAGACUUCAGAACCCAGUUUCAGCUGGGAAAUGGUGCUUUAUUGGGGGCUAGUUACAUCCAGAGUGUGACCCCACAUUUGUCUUUGGGUGGUGAAGUAUUUUGGGCUGGUCAACAUCGAAAAUCUGGUGUUGGUUAUGCAGCUCGAUACAAUACAGAUAAGAUGGUUGCCACAGGACAAGUUGCUAACACUGGUAUGGUUGCUUUGAGUUAUGUUCAGAAGGUAUCUGAGAAGGUUUCUCUUGCAUCAGACUUCAUGUACAACUACAUGUCUAGAGACGUCACUGCAAGUUUUGGUUAUGAUUACAUCCUUCGACAGUGUCGUCUUAGGGGGAAGAUUGAUUCUAAUGGAUGUGCAUCUGCUUUUCUCGAAGAGAGACUGAAUAUGGGUCUUAAUUUUAUUCUUUCUGCGGAGGUGGGUAUCAAUUUCUGUCAGCUGAUGCUUUUUGCUUUUUUCAAUCUUUGGAUUCUGUCCUACUUUAUAAGCUGCACAAUUGACUGAACUGGAGGAAGUCGGGAAAAGGGAAAUUAUCUUGUACAGGGGAGGCAUGGAAGUGAGAAUUCUUCGUCGAGAAUCACUGAUCUGGAUGUUCAACUCAUUUGCCUUAGUUUUUGACUUUAUUGCUUUUGGGUUACCAACAUUUUCACUUGACGAGUUCUUGAAUGUGUUGCAGAUAGAUCAUCGGAAGAAUGACUACAAAUUUGGGUUUGGGUUGACUGUAGGUGAAUAGUUGGAGGCUUUCACUGCUUUGUUAUCAGCUUUACCUAUGGCUUAUUAUGCCAACAAAAGUUCCCUGAGUUGAACCUUACCCUUUGUUGAAAGGUUGAAAGGAAUCAAUUUUUGUACUUGGUUAUCUAAAGGUUACAUUUAUUUGUGGGGGCAGUUUUAGCUGCUGCAACAUUUUCACCGGUAUGUUGAAUUUGGUGGGUUUUGAGGUAAUUUUCUUCUCUUUAAUGAGCCGGGAUCAAAUUUAAUGAAAAUUGAUGUAUUUGUUAUUCCAA